AGAAAGGUCACAGUGUCAAAGACAGAGACAACUGGUGCAGUGAGAGUGGUUUUUCUUUUCUUUAAAUCUGUGAUGGAGGCUGGUUUUCUCACCUUUAUUCUUGCUUCCUUCUCUGUGGUAUAUUCUUGUCGCAUCGGCAUCACAGAUUGGAACGAUGUUGUGGUGGUCAGAGAAGGAAUGCUUACCACUUUGAUCUGCAAUGACACAAGUGUGAGAGGGCCUGUGACCAUUAACUGGAAGGUGAAGCUAUUUUGUACAAAUGAGUGGAAAUUGAUCAUGUUAGCCAGUACAAAUGAAAGGAUCUCUGGAAGUGCCUUGAAGCCAUCCAUGCAACUGACUGACUCUAACUUUAAAGACAGUGGGGUUUUCUCACUGUCUUUAAAGCCUGAAGCAGCAGACAUUGGUUUCUACUCAUGCUUGAUACAACAACAAGAGAAGAUACUUAAGGAGGAGAUUAUCCUUUUAGUCAUCCUUACAGUCAGCGUCGUCCCCGAUGUACCCAUUCCUCAGUACAGCACCCUGCGGCUGAUUGCCAGCGUCACUCCUGACUUUGCCUUCACAAAGGUCACCUGGGCAGGACCUGGUGAUAUUACACUGAAGAGCGAAAAAAAGUCAAAGACCAACACUGUGGCUAAACUACCACAAGUUCUGAACAACGAUGAUGGUGCUUAUGUCUGUAUGGUUUACCCCCGGGGUAACAGCAGCAGCCGUCUCUUUGCUUUCAAUGUGGAUGUAACAGUUUCUGCUGACAAAGUGGCCUCAUUCACCAAUAUAACACAUGGUCCUCUGAUCUCCACUGCCAUUCAGGCUCACACAUCCUUCCUCUUAACCUGUCCUGGUGUUGUGGGGGACUAUGUGCAGGUGAACUGGGUUCCUCCAGACACCAGAAAUCAAAAUAAUAUGAAGAAGGUGUUCGAUUACGACCGUUGGAGGGGUACUCUAAUGACUAAUCAAAACGAGAAACUACAGAUGGCUGGUCUACCCUACAACCCAGAGGCUGGGAGCUUUUCCUUUCUGCUUACUCCUGACUUGAAAGAUGGUGGCCUCUACGUCUGUGAAGUCUUGCUCAAUGACAACUUUUUCAACCAGAGGACGUCGCUCAGCGUGCUGAAAGUUAAAAUCAAGAAAUAUUCCUCAAAGAUGGAGUUGAUCUGCCUCUACUCGGAGCGGUCCCAGGUCCGAAAAGUCGAGUGGAAGCAUCACAACGCGAGUCGAAAGCUAAAGAUGUCAAGCAGCAGCCUUGGCAGCAUCACCACCAGUCUGCCCUUGCCCAUCACCUCUGACAUAGCAGGAAACUACACCUGCGUUCUCCACCUGAAAAAUGGGCAGGCCAUUCAGGCAACACAAGCUAUCACAGUGUCUCCAAAGGUUGUGCAGAAUUUGUCCAAAGAGAGUGUCGAUGACACCACCUCCUCCCCGCGCCCUUCUCUCACUGCUUUAUUACUCCUGGUGCCCCUGGUUGCCGCAGCUGUCGGUGUGUUGCUAUGGAGACAGAGACACAUUUCUGAUCGCGGUAUCGAGCAGUCUCUGUCUGUCCACUCGGGUGAAGCAGAGAACAUCUAUGAGAAUCCUGAAGAUAUUAGACAGGCCCCUCCCCAGGGUCCAGUCUACAUGGAUUUGAAGCCAAGAGGAGAGGAUGAUGUCUAUAAAGAACUGGAGCGAUACGAGCAGUGUCAAAGCUGAUCACCUACCCACAUCUCCCCCGUAUCCAGCUGUCACAUCCGCUCAGCUCCCAGCUGCUGCAGAAGGCCUUUUUAAACACAAGUAACAGCCAAAUGUCAGAGUUUGGAUUUAAAGAAAAACUUCAGUGCUUUAGGGACAUGCUACACAAUUGUUUAAAUGUUUUACUCUAUUCUAAGCUAUUGUCAAGUAGUAAAGUUAAAGCAUUCUUUACUUAAAAUGCUUCAAAACCUGUCACCCAUGUAUAGCAGUUGAUACAGUACCCUACUUCUGUAUGUCAAAUGAUCUUUUCAUGAGUUUCCUUGCUGUCAGUCAUAUUUGCUGUUUUCCAAUUUUAUAAUCUUCUGCAAAUAAUAUAUGUACCAAUAAUUUUAUUCUAAUUUAUAUGUAUACUAAACUUUUAAAUAAAGAC